GCGGGACUACAGACGCGCUUCUCUCAUCUGUCAUCUGUACAGUGUGAAUGAACUAAAGCGGAUUUGCAUCAGACAAACAAAGGUAGUCAUUCAUACGGAUGAUCUGACAGGAAAAGAGACUUCCUUAUGAGCAACACUCUUGUCAAGAUUAUUCAAGUACCUUCUGCUCUCGCUCGAGGACUGGGAUUACCACAGUUUCACAGUUCCUUAUAGGAACAGCUGUUUUAUGCAUAGAAGACAUGAAGGACCUUUCUAACUAACUCAUCCAUGUCAUGUGGAUAUUAUCUGAGCUGUGAACCCCACCAUGGAAGAAACAUUCGGUGGCGUGUCUUCAGUCGUGGAGUCCAGUCUCUACCACAAUGUCCAUUCAAUCCUCAGAGAACUGGACUGUGAACCUCAGGCUGGAUCAGGCAGCAAUAAAGGCAUGUUGCGAUGGACUCUGCAUAACAGGGUGGACAAAAAUCCGUCUAUCAGUGUCCCUCUUUUGAGGGUUCUCAUAAAGAGCUUGAAAAGGCGGAGAGAAUUGAUUCCAAGAUUCGCAUUAUUCCUUUACUUCACACACUUGUUUACACGGUCCUACAGUCUGUAUUUAUUCCAGAAGAUCUAUAUCGAAGGAUGUAUUUUUGCAUGAAAAGUUUAGUUACAUUACCUGUACCCUACUGUGCAAUUGCUCUCAACUAUGCAAAACAAAUGAAAAUGGAACAAACUGCACCAGGAAUACUUUAUCAGAGAAGAGUUAGUGCUGAACACAAUCUGCGUAAUGAUCUUUAUCCACUCCAUGAGAAGGUGUUUGUGUUUGUAGAUCCUGUUGUGUUUCCUCCGUCUCUGGUGAAUGCGCUCAAGACUGACGUAGAGUGUGCAGACCCUGGUAGAGACCCACUGAUCUACAAACGCAGAGUUUUACUACACACGAUACUAGCUGGAUUAGGAAAGAAGUGCCAGGUUGACCAGCUCUCACAAGGUCUAGAGCAUUUAGGUGAAGAGCUGGAGCUGCACUUCCAGGAACUCGUCACCAUCCUAGAACAGAGAACAGAAGAUGGAGCUUCUGACGACAACAAGUACAAAACAAGAUUACAGGAGAUCUACCAAGACAUCCUGACUGCUGCAUCAGAUUCGACAAGUUCAGCCUCGCAAGUAGAAACUCAGCUGCCCAGUCCUGAGGUCAGCUUCCAUGUCUGGACCAAAGAGGAUGAGAUAUGGAAUGAGCUGGUCAACUUUGCACUGAUGGUCCCUGCAGACCGAAACUCUGCUUGUCUGGAUGAGGAUGAGCUGAAGCGUACUUCUGUCAUGUCCACCAUGUCCACGGACAGUGGCAUAGAGGGAGACAUGCCUAUCAGUGAGCUCUCCUCGAUAAUGCUGGAGUCUCCAGGCGGCCUAGAGGAGCAGAGCAGCUCUCAGUCCUUCUACAGGAGGCCGUGUGUGCGAUGUCCCAAAGCUGGCAACAGAAUGACGCUCAUGAUGGAGGCCAUUAAGGGAAAUGGAGGAUGCAGCCUUAUUAAAGAGGACAGGAACCUCACGGCUCGGAUCGUUGUAAUGGGUGACGACAGAACGCUAGGACGGCUCGCCAAGACUCUCUACACUAUACGGAAAAGGGAGGCACGACAUCUGCUGCUGACGAAGAGAAUUAAUAUGGAGAUGUAUUACAUUCCAGUGACUGACAAGACGCUUUCUCCUGUUCAGGAGGGUGUUCCUGAAGACAUGCUGACAUUGGCAGGAUAUUUGGGAAGCGUGGAUCCGUGGUAUGACUGUAACAUCAGUGGCUUGGGAGCCAUGAUCCUAAAACUGGCCCAGAUGAAGUUAGCUCAGAGUGAAUCUUCGGACCCCAACACCUUCCUGCUAGAUAUCAUCUCAUACUACACACGUGUCAGCCAGCUUCCGGUGCACCUUCCCGUCUACUCUGUCAAGAUCUGCUUUUCUGGCCUCAGCAGCACCACAGUGGAGGAGGUGUUUGUGGCUCAACUCGUCAUGGACUUUCCCGAGGUUAAACCUUACAGAGCUACAUUUAAAGACACAAUUAAAGGUUCAGUGCGUUACAAAAAAUACAACCCACAAGAAUGUCAAGGUGCUAUCGUGUCAGUCAGUUAUAAAAAGGCCUCAAUAAGUGACAGAGAAAAGGAGAUGGGAAUGUCUUUGCAGACGAGCGGCAUGUUAAUGAAUGUCUUGCCUUCAUGCCGAGUCAGAAGUCUACCUAUUGUCAGCAUAAGUUUUCAAGAUAUCAAUCCCACAAGGCCUAGCACACAUUCAUUCAGAGCUGUUAGCACCAAUAUCAGGGUUCUAGAGGAGCAGACAUUCACGGUCUGUUUGGAUAAAGACCCGCGUAAAACAUUCAAGAACGUCCGGAGCAUUGAAGUUUCUCCAUGCUUAGACCCGGGAUACUCCCAUCAGCCGGCUCCAAAAUCCAAGUACAGUUUGGGAGGGGGAGGUGAACCGCUGGGCAAAUAUGUCAACAGGACCCUCACGCUACCAAUCAACACAUUCUGUGGCACUGAGCAAUGACAAUACGACUCGAAAUCACGAUAUUAGAGCUCGAGUCACGAGAUAAACUGCAACCUGAUACCUCUCAAAGGGUUUUUCGUGUUUUAGUGUGUGUGCAUUUCCUCUUUUUAGCAUUUCUCUGUUGCCUAAAAUACAUGUAACCUCAUGAGGCCGUGACUUCCUGCUGAACUGUGAACAGACAUUGUGUUUAUAGAAUGUUUGAAUGUGUUGAAAUGGUGUCUGUCAAUUGACCUUGAUCUUUGUAAAACGUUUUGUCAUGUGUACACUACUUUUUCAUUACUUUCAUGACAAUAAUGUGUUUGUAUGAUACUUGUAUGGUAAUUUAACACUUUGGAAGUACUUCGACUUUCAUUUGACACUUGCCAUUAACUAACAUGAUAGAAAAUAAAACGCUUUUAAGAUAACAGGUGUGUCCGAAAUCGCAUACACACUGAGUAGGUACUUAUUUUGAAUAUGUAAUUACUUUACAACAGUUUAAAAAGUAUGCUGUAUAUAGUUUGGAAGUAUGUAGUGUGAAUGUCAUGUGACCUACACCAUCCUUUGUGUACCUACGCCAUCAAGUGUCCAUUGUGUGUUUACCUUCUGUUUUAUAAAUACUUCGGACAUGCUACUGUUUAUACACACUGUUUUUCGCCUACUAUCUAGUAGGGAAGUAUGGAAGCAGCCUUUGUUGUCAGCAUUUUGGAUCAGAAUAGCACAGUUCCCUAGUUUUCCCGUAGAAUGCAGUAUAUAAACUGUGUGCAAUAUGCAAGUUUGGAAAUCUGUUACAUUUGCCUAAAUGUGCUGAGGGAAAUUGUAUUUUAUAAUGCAAUGCGCUCGACUUUACUGUGUGACAAAUGAACUUGAGCUACCAAACAUUUUCUUCUUGGCUCCUU